GUAAACAUAAAAUAACGUCAGGGCUCUGCAGUGGAGCAGAACAAGGAACAAUUGUUUGUCUAAACAUUAAAAAUGGACCGCUUUUCGUGGUCAAAUGGGCUCUUAGAAAUAAACGAAACUUUAGUAAUCCAGCAAAGAGGUGUCAGGCUGUAUGACGGUGAUGAUAAGGCUAAGCUGGACCUUGGAGUUGCCUUGUUGAGCACCCAUCGGCUGAUCUGGAGGGACGUCAAAAAUCAUGAAUGCUGCAUAGCCAUGCCCCUGUCACAGAUCAUCUUCUUUGAGGAGCAGGCUGCAGGAAUAGGAAAGAGUGCAAAAAUAGUUAUCCACCUGCACCCUGCACCUGCCAACAAGGAGCCAGGUCCCUACCAACACAGCAAGUACUCUUUCAUCAAGCUGUCCUUCAAAGAGCACGGGCAGAUUGAGUUUUACAGGAGGCUGUCAGAGGAAAUGACUCAGAAGAGAUGGGAGAAUACACCAGUUUCACAGCCCAUCUCCACAGGAACUGGCUCUCAGGCAGGAAGGACACGUGCCGUGGGGAUUGUUGGCAUUGAGAGGAAGAUAGAGGAGAGGAGGAAAGAAACAGACAAAAACAUUUCUGAGGCCUUUGAGGACCUCAGCAAGCUGAUGGUGAAGGCCAAAGAGAUGGUGGAGCUGUCUAAAUCUAUAGCCAACAAGAUCAAAGACAAGCAAGGAGACAUUACAGAAGAUGAGACAAUACGGUUUAAAUCGUACCUACUGAGCAUGGGUAUUGCUAACCCCGUUACAAGAGAAACAUAUGGAUCAGGUACACAUUACCAUAUGCAGCUGGCCAAGCAACUGGGAGAUAUGCUACAGGCCCCUCUGGAGGAGCGCGGGGGUAUGAUGGCUCUCACUGAGGUGUACUGUCUCGUCAACCGUGCUAGAGGGAUGGAGCUUUUAUCUCCAGAAGACUUGGUAAACGCUUGCAAGAUGUUUGAGUCUUUGAAGCUCCCGUUGAGGCUGCGUGUGUUUGACAGUGGUGUGAUGGUGGUCCAGCUGCAGUCUCACAGUGAAGAGGAAAUGAUAGCAUCAGCACUGGACAAUGUGUCAGACAAAGGCUCUUUGACAGCAGAGGAGUUUGCAAAGCUCCUGGGUCUCUCUGUUCUUCUGUCCAAAGAGCGGUUGUUGCUAGCUGAGAAGAUGGGCCACCUGUGUAGGGAUGACUCUGUUGAGGGUUUGAGAUUCUACCCAAACCUCUUUUGACCUGUUUACAGUCAUUAUUGUUGAGAUUUAAAACAAAAAAAGACUUAAACUGGGCUGAACUGUCUCUGCUGAUAGACUGAUGCAGAGCCACAACAUGUACAUACUGAUGCACAGCAGCAGGGUGCCUGCUCAGGUACAGUCUAUUUUCUGUCUAAGACCUACACUCUGAGAUACUUUUUCACAAACUGCCCAGGAUUAUGCAAAUACUGUACACACAGAAAAGUGAUGGAGUGAUCAUCAUGUGCGUUUAGUAAUAAAUGGGUUUGGGAAAAUUGA